UGUUCUCUACUUUUAAAUCGCACUGUUCCGGUCCAGAUCAACACAAGCGAAGUCUGACGAGCAGCAGAAAACAUGCCUCCUUUCCCUCUUAUUAAAAUGGCGUUCCUUCUACUUUUUUCUUUGUGUUUGACAUUAAUUUUAGGGUUCGGGCUCCCAGAAGCAUUGAAUUUCAUUGUUAAAUGCUGUGGGUUUGCAGAAGCCAGCGUAACCCACUGCAUAGUCCUUGUGUAUUUCAUUUUCGUAUUUUUUGUGGCAAUGCCUUCCAUCCCCAGGGGCUCUGUGAAAACUGAGGGAAAAGCUGUGCUCAUCACAGGCUGUGACAGUGGAUUUGGAUUUGCUUUGGCAAAGCAUUUACAUGCUCUGGGAUUCACAGUCUUUGCUGGAUGCCUUCUUAAGGACAAGAGCGGCACUGGAGCUUGUGAUCUGGAGAGCAUGAACUCGGAGCGGAUGAAAGUUGUGCAGGUGGAUGUUUGCAGCGAGGAGGAGGUGAAUCAAGCCCUGCAGUUCGUCAGGGAAAACCUGAAGGAUGCAGAGAAGGGUCUGUGGGCACUGGUGAAUAAUGCUGGAGUCUCAACUUUUGGAGAAGUGGAGUUCACAAGCAUGGAGACAUACAAGCAGGUUGCGGAUGUUAAUCUGUGGGGUACAAUCAGGGUGACCAAGGCCUGCCUUCCCCUCAUUCGCAGAGCUAAAGGUCGAGUGGUGAACAUUGCUAGCAUGUAUGGGAGAAUGGGCAAUGCCCUUCGUUCCCCUUACUGCGUGUCCAAGUAUGGUGUGGAGGCCUUCUCGGAUUGCUUGCGGUACGAGAUGCGGCCGUGGGGCGUCAAGGUCAUCACCGUCGAGCCUGGGAACUUCAUUGUCGCCACGGGGAUCCUGACGCGCGACAUUGUUCUGGCGACGGCUGACAAACUGUGGAACGCGGCUCCAAGCAUUGUUCAGGAGGAUUAUGGGAGGGCACAUUUCGAGCGUCGCAUUUCCGUGGUAAAGUCCUACUGCAACAGUGGGCAGAAGGACAUGACCCCUGUCUUGCACGACAUCGCAGACGCCGUCACGUCCAACUACCCCUUCACGCGUUACAACCCUAUGGAGGUCUACUGGUGGAUUCGGAUGCAGGCGAUGACCCAUCUUCCGGCUGCCAUCUCUGACAGGAUCUAUUUUUAAUCCACGCACUGGGAGCCUCUGAUACUGCUGACAGAGUUAGAGCAGCAAAAGAGUUAGAGCAGCUACUUUUCAACAAAAGAGAAUCUCUGAUGCGAAAUGUCGUCUGUACAGUAGCUCUUUAAUUUUUUGAUUUAAGUAAUAUGUAUGGCUGUCACGCUAGUUUACUGAUCAACACUGUUGUAGGCUAAUAUGAAAAGACUAGGGUGUUUAAAUUGUAGGCAAGCUUGCUAGCUAGAUUUCUCCUUUGUCUGAGAGUGUACCGAUAUGGCAUUUUUCAUGAAAUGAAAUAGAUUGUCAGUGUGCCCCUGAUAAAGUAGAAAACUACAGAACAGUCUCUUUCCAAAUGAUCAAAAGCUGCUUGAUGUGUAGUUUUAUUAAUAAAAUGGUUAAAUCAUUCACAGCAACAGAAA